AUGAAGGUGGCUAUCUGUCUCCGCACGAAGGACUUCGCCCGCUUCCUUCCGGAGUGGAUCGCCUUCCACUACGCGCUAGGAGUGGACGAGAUAUUCAUCUACGAUGAUGACAGCACCGACAACACCGAGGAGGUGCUCUGGCCUUUCGUCGAAGCCGGAAUCGUGCGGUACAUCUUCGAAGUGAUCUUCGACCGCAUGACUCAGAUGAAGCCCCUCAACCACUGCCUAGAGCAACAACUUGAGCGCAGAAGCAGAGGCGACGAGGACGCGGCGACUUGGGUGCUGUUCCACGACACGGAUGAGUAUCUCUACCCCUCGGAUACAAGCCUCAACAUCCGGGACGCCUUGGAAAAGCACCACAGGACCUGCUGCGCGUUGGUGUCUCGCGUCCAGUACGGCUCCGCGGGCCACGACGAGAUGCCCCGAGGCCUCCUGCUGGAGAACUUUCUCAUGCACAGUCACCCCGGCCCACAGUUCGGCAACGGCCUCGCAAAGGUGAUGGUAAACUUGGACCCGUCCGAGCCGGAGGUAGGGGUAGUCGAGCCCCCGCUGCGGAGCAUGCACAACGCCGAGGGUUGCGACUGCGCAGGCUCCAAGUUCGGCGGCGUCUCCGACCUGCGCAUCAACCACUACCUGGGGAGCAUCGGGGACUACAUGGACAGGACCACGAGAUACUGGGAGGCGAAGAAGAAGGGCGAGAUGGCCGCGGCGAAGACGGUGCUGCGCCGAGAUAUCAACAACUACCGGUCGGACGACAUCGAGCACUGGGCGUGCGCCACGAGAGAGGUCCUCUUCCGAAUCGUGGAGGGCCUCGACCUUGAAGGAGGCGGAGAAAGAGGAGGGGGAGGAGGAAAAGGAGAAGGAGAAGGAGAAGGAGAAGAAGGAGGGGUUAAGGCCGUCUCGAAACUCGAGCCUUGAUUGGAAGGUUUCUGGAGAACGUGCUGACUCUCUCGCCCUAUGGGCGUGUUUUGCAGACGGAAAAACAGUGUAGAUAUGUGCCACGCGAUAUUUGUUGCGUUGGCGUCCCGCAUGUUGUUGAUGUCGUU